GAACCCUUCCACUUCCACAAAGCCCUUAAACCCUCUCAGUUCAAAAGCUUGUUCGUUUUCUCUGUAAACUCUCCAUUAUCGAUCUGGGAUCUGGUGUAGCUUCCAUUUCUUUUGGCGGAGAUGUCUGUUAAGGUUCUGAAUCCAAAUGCAGAGGUGCUCAACAAAUCUGCGGCGCUUCACAUGAACAUCAACGCCGCCAAGGGUUUACAGGAUGUUCUCAAGACUAAUCUCGGUCCUAAAGGAACCAUCAAGAUGCUUGUUGGUGGUGCUGGUGACAUUAAGCUUACUAAGGAUGGGAAUACGUUGUUGAAAGAGAUGCAAAUUCAGAACCCAACUGCAGUAAUGAUUGCUAGGACUGCUGUAGCUCAAGAUGAUACUAGUGGGGAUGGUACUACAUCUACUGUGCUUUUCAUUGGGGAGCUCAUGAAACAAUCUGAACGAUGCAUAGAUGAAGGGAUGCAUCCUCGUGUGCUAGUUGAUGGUUUUGAAAUUGCAAAAAGAGCAACUCUACAAUUUCUUGAAAAAUUUAAGACUCCUGUAGUAAUGGGUAAUGAGCCAGAUAAAGAGAUAUUGAAGAUGGUUGCAAGAACGACAUUGAGAACAAAGUUGUACGAGUCACUGGCUGAUCAGCUGACUGACAUUGUUGCGAAUUCUGUGCUCUGCAUUCGCAAGCCUGAUGAAGCUAUUGAUCUUUUUAUGGUUGAGAUAAUGCACAUGCGUCACAAAUUCGAUGUAGACACUCGUUUGGUUGAGGGCCUUGUACUUGAUCAUGGUUCAAGACAUCCAGACAUGAAAAGGCGAGCAGAGAACUGUUACAUUUUGACUGCUAAUGUCUCUCUUGAAUAUGAGAAGAGUGAAGUAAAUGCAGGUUUUUUCUACUCAAAUGCAGAGCAGAGAGAGGCGAUGGUUGCUGCAGAACGGCGUUCUGUUGAUGAGAGGGUGCAAAAGAUAAUUGACCUAAAGAACCAGGUCUGCGCUGGAAAUGACAAGAAUUUUGUUGUUAUCAAUCAGAAGGGGAUUGAUCCUCCAUCUCUUGAUCAACUUGCUCGGGAAGGAAUAAUCGCACUUCGGAGGGCAAAGAGGAGAAAUAUGGAACGUUUGGUUUUGGCUUGUGGCGGGGAGGCGGUUAACUCUGUUGAUGACUUAACUCCUGAGUGCCUUGGCUGGGCUGGGCUGGUCUAUGAGCAUGUUCUUGGUGAAGAGAAGUAUACCUUUGUAGAAAAUGUCAAAAAUCCUCAUUCUUGUACAAUUCUUAUCAAAGGGCCUAAUGACCACACAAUAGCUCAAAUCAAGGAUGCAGUUCGUGAUGGACUAAGGGCAGUAAAAAAUACCAUUGAAGAUGAAGCAGUUAUACUCGGUGCCGGCGCCUUUGAAGUUGCGGCUCGACAACACCUUAUUAACGAAGUGAAAAAGACUGUCAAGGGGCGUGCCCAACUUGGAGUGGAAGCUUUUGCUAAUGCCCUCCUUGUUAUACCAAAGACACUUGCUGAGAACUCUGGCCUUGAUACUCAAGAUGUGAUCAUUGCUCUAACGGGAGAGCAUGACAAAGGAAAUGUUGUCGGACUAAAUCAACACACUGGAGAACCUGUAGAUCCACAAAUGGAGGGGAUAUUUGAUAAUUAUUCCGUGAAGCGUCAGAUUGUUAAUUCUGGGCCUGUUAUAGCAUCUCAGCUGUUACUUGUUGAUGAAGUAAUUCGUGCUGGACGAAACAUGAGGAAACCGACUUAGUUUUUCCUGUCUGAAAAUACUUCACUUUCGGAAUUAUCAGAGAAAAUGAUGGAAAAAACGAAGGUGGAGAUAGAUGAAAUAGGCGUGGAGAGUAGGGUGUGUUCGUCGGUCAGUUUGGUAUUGUUCUGAAAGAUUUUCCUUAUGUAUUUUUUGGUUUUCCAGUUUUUCUAAUUUUCCAAUGUCAUAUUGAAAUAAAAUUCGAUAUGGUUUGGUUUUCU